AUGAGCCUCUGUCCCCUCCACCUCGGCCCCCUCCACCGGCCCCCUCCACCGGCCCCCUCCGCCUCGGCCCCCUCCACCUCGGCCCCCUCCACCUCGGCCCCCUCCACCUCGACCCCCUCCGCCUCAGUCCCCUCCGCCUCGGUCGGCUCCGGCUCGGCCCGCUCCGGCUCGGUCCCCUCCGCCUCGGCCCCCUCCGCCUCGGCCCCCUCCACCUUGACCCCCUCCGCCUCGGUCGGCUCUGGCUCGGUCCGCUCCGGCUCGGCCCGCUCCGGCUCGGUCCCCUCCGCCUCGGCCCCCUCCGCCUCGGUCCCCUCCGCCUCGGUCCCCUCCACCUCGGUCCGCUCCGGCUCGGCCCGCUCCGGCUCGGCCCGCUCCGGCUCGGUCCCCUCCGCCUCGGCCCCCUCCGCCUCGGUCCCAUCCACCUCGGCCCCCUCCGCCUCGGUCCGCUCCGGCUCGGUCCGCUCCGCCUCGGUCGGCUCUGGCUCGGCCCCCUCCGCCUCGGUCCCCUCCGCCUCGGCCCGCUCCGCCUCGGUCCCCUCCACCUCGGUCCCCUCCGCCUCAGUCCGCUCCGCCUCAGUCCCCUCCGCCUCAGUCCCCUCCGCCUCGGUCGGCUCUGGCUCGGCCCCCUCCACCUCGGUCCGCUCCGGCUCGGCCCGCUCCGGCUCGGUCCGCUCCGGCUCGGCCCGCUCCGGCUCGGCCCGCUCCGGCUCGGUCCCCUCCGCCUCGGUCCCCUCCGCCUCAGUCCCCUCCGCCUCGGUCGGCUCUGGCUCGGCCCCCUCCACCUCGGUUCGCUCCGGCUCGGCCCGCUCCGCCUCGGCCCGCUCCGCCUCGGCCCGCUCCGCCUCGGUCCCCUCCACCUCGGUCCCCUCCGCCUCAGUCCGCUCCGCCUCAGUCCCCCCCGCCUCAGUCCCCUCCGCCUCGGUCGGCUCUGGCUCGGCCCCCUCCACCUUGGUCCGCUCCGGCUCGGCCCGCUCCGGCUCGGCCCGCUCCGGCUCGGCCCGCUCCGGCUCGGUCCCCUCCGCCUCGGCCCCCUCCGCCUCGGUCCCCUCCACCUCGGCCCCCUCCGCCUCGGUCCGCUCCGGCUCGGUCCGCUCCGCCUCGGUCCGCUCCGGCUCGGCCCCCUCCACCUCGGUCCGCUCCGGCUCGGCCCGCUCCGGCUCGGCCCGCUCCGGCUCGGCCCGCUCCGGCUCGGUCCCCUCCGGCUCGGUCCGCUCCGGCUCGGUCAGCUCCGCCUCGGUCCGCUCCGGCUCGGUCCGCUCCGGCUCGGUCCGCUCCGGCUCGGUCCGCUCCGGCUCAAGGGAGAUACGUGUCACAGACGUGUCAAAGAGGGAGAUACGUGUCACAGACGUGUCACAGAGGGAGAUACGUGUCACAGACGUGUCACAGAGGGAGAUACGUGUCACAGACGUGUCACAGACGUGUCAUAGACGUGUCACAGACGUGUCACAGAGGGAGAUACGUGUCACAGACGUGUCACAAAGGGAGAUACGUGUCACAGACGUGUCACAGACGUGUCACAGACGUGUCACAGAGGGAGAUACGUGUCACAGACGUGUCACAGAGGGAGAUACGUGUCACAGACGUGUCACAGACGUGUCACAGAGGGAGAUACGUGUCACAGACGUGUCACAGACGUGUCACAGAGGGAGAUACGUGUCACAGAGGGAGAUACGUGUCACAGACGUGUCACAGAGGGAGAUACGUGUCACAGACGUGUCACAGAGGGAGAUACGUGUCACAGACGUGUCACAGAGGGAGAUACGUGUCACAGACGUGUCACAGUGGGAGAUACGUGUCACAGACGUGUCACAGAGGGAGAUACGUGUCACAGACGUGUCACAGAGGGAGAUACGUGUCACAGACGUGUCACAGUGGGAGAUACGUGUCACAGACGUGUCACAAAGGGAGAUACGUGUCACAGACGUGUCACAGAGGGAGAUACGUGUCACAGACGUGUCACAGAGGGAGAUACGUGUAACAGACGUGUCACAGAGGGAGAUACGUGUCACAUACGUGUCACAGAGGGAGAUACGUGUCACAGACGUGUCACAGACGUGUCACAGAGGGAGAUACGUGUCACAGACGUGUCACAGAGGGAGAUACGUGUCACAGACGUGUCACAGAGGGAGAUACGUGUCACAGACGUGUCACAGACGUGUCACAGAGGGAGAUACGUGUCACAGACGUGUCACAGAGGGAGAUACGUGUCACAGACGUGUCACAGACGUGUCACAGAGGGAGAUACGUGCCACAGACGUGUCACAGAGGGAGAUACGUGUCACAGACGUGUCACAGAGGGAGAUACGUGUCACAGACGUGUCACAGAGGGAGAUACGUGUCACAGAGGGAGAUACGUGUCACAGACGUGUCACAGAGGGAGAUACGUGUCACAGAGGGAGAUACGUGUCACAGACGUGUCACAGAGGGAGAUACGUGUCACAGACGUGUCACAGAGGGAGAUACGUGUCACAGACGUGUCACAGACGUGUCACAGAGGGAGAUACGUGUCACAGACGUGUCACAAACGUGUCACAGAGGGAGAUACGUGUCACAGACGUGUCACAGACGUGUCACAGAGGGAGAUACGUGUCACAGACGUGUCACAGACGUGUCACAGAGGGAGAUACGUGUCACAGACGUGUCACAGAGGGAGAUACGUGUCACAGACGUGUCACAGACGUGUCACAGAGGGAGAUACGUGCCACAGACGUGUCACAGAGGGAGAUACGUGUCACAGACGUGUCACAGAGGGAGAUACGUGUCACAGACGUGUCACAGAGGGAGAUACGUGUCACAGAGGGAGAUACGUGUCACAGACGUGUCACAGAGGGAGAUACGUGUCACAGAGGGAGAUACGUGUCACAGACGUGUCACAGAGGGAGAUACGUGUCACAGACGUGUCACAGAGGGAGAUACGUGUCACAGACGUGUCACAGACGUGUCACAGAGGGAGAUACGUGUCACAGACGUGUCACAAACGUGUCACAGAGGGAGAUACGUGUCACAGACGUGUCACAGACGUGUCACAGAGGGAUAUACGUGUCACAGACGUGUCACAGAGGGAGAUACGUGUCACAGACGUGUCACAGACGUGUCACAGAGGGAGAUACGUGCCACAGACGUGUCACAGAGGGAGAUACGUGUCACAGACGUGUCACAGAGGGAGAUACGUGUCACAGACGUGUCACAGAGGGAGAUACGUGUCACAGAGGGAGAUACGUGUCACAGACGUGUCACAGAGGGAGAUACGUGUCACAGAGGGAGAUACGUGUCACAGACGUGUCACAGAGGGAGAUACGUGUCACAGACGUGUCACAGAGGGAGAUACGUGUCACAGACGUGUCACAGACGUGUCACAGAGGGAGAUACGUGUCACAGACGUGUCACAAACGUGUCACAGAGGGAGAUACGUGUCACAGACGUGUCACAGACGUGUCACAGACGUGUCACAGAGGGAGAUACGUGUCACAGACGUGUCACAGAGGGAGAUACGUGUCACAGACGUGUCACAGACGUGUCACAGAGGGAGAUAGGUGUCACAGAGCUCAAGUUUAA